AUGCCUGAACUGUCUGAGUUUCGAAGCGAUUUAUUUGCAGAUCUUCCGUGGAGCGUUAUAUAUGAGAUUCUAAAAUACGUGCCUAGCGAUACAAUUUCUGAAGGGCUUCUUUUGGUUCCUCAGUUGCGUCCGCUAGUAUUAGCAGAGUAUUACUCGAACGAGAUCCAUUUUAUUCUCUCUCCGACUCAACGUCCCCAUUUUUGCACCAAUGAUCCCCAAAGGAAAGAACUUAUAGAUAUCACAAGCUACGGUGAAAUUGAAGAUUUUUUGAUUGACAAUCCAGAUGCUAAUCCAACUCUAGUGAAAGUCAUCACGAGUCUGGACUUUCGAUCAAUGGAACUAUUGCUAAACAAAUUUCACGACAGAUUUGCAUCUUUUCAGAAGCUUGAUCUUCAUGUGGACAACUAUGACUUGACAAACGAUGAUAUAAAGCUUAUCAUGUCUUUUCCAAACUUGCAUAAACUUCAAACUGGAAGGGUCAAUGUAAGAAAAUGUAGUUCCAUGCUCAGCGAAUUCUUUCCGAAGAUGAGAAACCUAACUGAAAUUGUCUUUUUGGGACAUGGCUUGUCAAACUGGUCCGAUGUUGUUCUUCCCCCGAAUCUCACAAAUUUGGAUGUUUCUUGGCACCCAUUCACGGAAGUGACAUCCAUUAAUUUACCUGACAGUUUGACGAAUCUUUACUGGAACCAGGUUGGUAUUCGGAAUGGGGUUUUUGAAUCGUUGAAAUUUCCUCAGGGUCUUACUACUUUAAUGGUAACAUAUAAUAAUUUGCAUUGGAUUAAUGUAUCGCAACUUCCACAGACACUUGAAACCUUGGACCUAUCAAAUAAUAAUUUGCUGAGCUUCAAAGUAGAUGGUGAGAAUAAUUCCUGGCCUCCCAACUUGAAAUCCAUUCUUCUUAAUAAUAACCAUAUUGAUGACCAUGCACUAGAAGAAUUAAGCGGUAUCAAUUGGCCACCUUUAUUGGAGAACUUAAGACUUGAUGAGAACAAAUUCACCCAACUUUCUUAUUUGUCGUCAUUGCCUGAAUAUCUAAAAUAUUUGGAUCUAUCAGACACGCGUAUUUCCACCUUUGAAGUACCACAUAAAGAUGAUGAAUACCCUUACUUUGCCUUUCCUCAGCUGUUAAAUACCCUUAAUAUUCAGAAUUGCCGAACACUCAAAUAUGGAAAUCUUGAGGCUAUGACAAUGGUUCCACCGGCACUUCGUAUUCGAUUUCCUGAGGAUUUAGAGACACUAAAUUUAAGUGAGUGCAAUAUAAGUACUCUAGACUACUUCAUUUUCCCUAAAUAUGUUAAGAAGCUUUCUUUGACUGGGAACUUAAUCCUGGAUCUUACAUCCUACAAUUUCCAUAUUGGGAAUAAAGAGGUGAUAAGUUGGAUACUGUUGGAGAAUUUGAAAGAGUUAGAGCUAUUUUACAAUCGCAUUUCUCAUUUGGAAGCAUGGAUACCCCCCAACUCACUCAGCAAACUUGAUUUAAGAAGAAACCAAAUUAAGUUCCUCACAUCGAUAAACACCCCUUUAUUCAAUCGAAAUCAAAAUCAAAAGCUUACGAGCUUUCAUAUGAUUCAUUUAGAACAAAAUGAGAUACACACAAUUGACCUGCGUUUGACACUUCCUCCAAACCUUACGUCCCUUAACUUGAGUCGGAAUAACCUUUCACAAUUUGUAUUCACUGAUGGCUUUGCAAAUCAUCAUAAUUUGUCUUCAUUGGAUCUCAGCUGGAAUCAAAUAGAAAAGAUCUCGCUCCUGUCAACAUACGCUGAGUCACGUUUGAGCGAGCUCAACCUAACCCGAAAUCCACUGCUUCGGAUGAAUCCUGAUGAUUUCUAUAAAGUGUUAGAGCGUAUGAAGCUAAGGGUCACAAAAAAGAUGCAUAAUAUAAGAAGUGUUCAUCAAUUUAGGUAA